AUGAAACUCCUGAGGUAUGACAUCGAGUUCCAAUUUGUGAAGGGCUCAGAUCUCGUGAUCGCGGAUGCUCUAAGUCGUGCAUACCCAGAAUCAAAGGAAAAUGAAACUGCAGAUCGGUUGGACAUUCGAAAUGUCAAAAAUGGUGCAUUCGACCAGUUUCCAGAUGCAAGAAUUCUGGAAAUCAGACGUUCAACAGAAGAAGAUUCGUCAAUGCAAGCGCUUCAGCACUUGAUAAUCACUGGAUGGCCGAAAAAAAGUGACAUUAGUGCUGAACUCGGACAAUAUCACCCUCUCAAAGAUACUCUCAGUGUGCAAGAUGGAGUGAUCUUCAAAGGUGAAGCAAUAGUUAUUCCAAAAAGCCUGAGAAAAGAAAUGCUGCAAAGACUGCACAAAGCACAUCUAGGCUAUGAUAGUAUGGACAGAAGAGCCCGCGGAACGAUCUUCUGGCCGGGUAUGAGAGCAGAACUGAAAGAGUUCACGAAAAAAUGUGUACAGUGUGAGGAAAGAAAACCUCCCCCUCAACAGGAAAAGUUGAAACAACAUAGUGAUGGACUACGACCUUGGGACAAGGUCGGAUCAGACUUGUUCCAAAUACAGAACAGAUUAUAUCUCGUCAUCGUAGACUACCACUCAAGCUUCAUCGAAGUGGAUUUUCUGACAGCGGCAAACAGUCAGCAAGUGAUUGACAAAAUGAAGAAACACUUUGCUAGAUUCGGAAUUCCCAGAGAACUGAUAACCGACGGUUGGACCCCAGUAUAUGUCCACAGAAUUCCGUAA